AUGAUUAUUGGAGAGGUUGUAGAAGAAAAAGAACCCUAUUACACCAAUGUGUUUGUCAUAUUGACAUGUGAUUUUCGCUAUGGCCAUGAUGACUUGGAUAUGAUUGGUCUGAUAUUCCACAAAGAUGUUUAUCUGACUUUGAAGAGUUUCUGUACUGAAAACCCAGAAAAGAAAAAUGCCAAGAGAGACUCCGUAUGGCUAGUGGCCCAUAAAGUACAGUUUGCAUCCUUGAAGCCAGACCCUGGGCCCUCGUCCAGCAUCCACCACAUCCUUCUGUCAGCUCAGCCAUUACAACACCAGCCUGGAUGAACAAGGGAGGUUCCCUACCAUGGCAAACCCACCUCUGUCAAUGUUUCCAUCAACAACUGUACCAACAAGGUCAUCAAAAAAUUCAAGAUUUCAGUCAUGUGCUUUUCCUGACUGUUGGUGGACCAGAACACAGAUGUUGUCCUGUAUUCACUAGACAAGUACAAAACUGUGUUCAUUCAGGAGUUCACGGAAACUAUAGCUUCUCACUCCAAUUUCUCCAAGAACUGUGAAGUAACCCCACUGCUGACUGCUAAUAAUCAGAAACACAGCCUGGCACUGGAUGGCAAACUUGAGCACGGUGAUACCAAUCUGGCCUCUAACACAAUUGUUGGACCAAGAAUGAACAAGAACCUAUUAGGGGCCGUGGUGUCCUACAAAGUCAAAGUCAACUGA